CCGUUCUUUUGGCCCUGCCCGCACGACCAAACCCCGACUCUCUUCUCCAUCCUCUUGAAACGCACUCCGACUCGAAUCCGACGACAGCGAUGUUGCAGAGCCAACUCCACGACGUCUCCUCCGACUCCAUCCCCCUCCUCCUCCUCGCCGUCGUCGCCCGCAGCGUCCACCACCUCCGCUCCCUCCUCCUCGCCCUCCUCCACUCCCUCCGCCUCUCCGGAUCCAUCCACCCGGCCGCCUCCGCCCCCGCCUCCUCCGACGCCGGCCUCAUCGGCUCCGGCCUCGCCGGCCUCAUCGUCCUCGCCGACCAGCUCAACCAGAAUCGUCUCUCCUCCCGCCGGUGCGCCGCAGGCCCGGGCGGCGGCCUCGGGGCGCCCGACUGCGUGGUGUGCCUCUCCGCGAUGAGGCAGGGCGAGCAGGUGCGCGAGCUCGGGUGCCGCCACGUCUUCCACAAGGCGUGCCUCGACGGGUGGCUCCAGCACUUGAACUUCAGCUGCCCGCUGUGCCGGUCGCCGCUCGCGUCGUCCGGCGAGGCCGUGGACGCCGCGGGGAGGCGCGUGGGGGGAGAGCUGGUGGAGUGGUUCUCUCUGCGCUGAGACGACCCUGUGGGGGGCUCUGAAUUUUGGGGGCGGCCAUCAGCUGUGGCGCAGAACGGUAAAAACUUCCCAUUUGCUCUUUUACGGUCCUUUGACCAUCUUUUUUUUUUUUUUUUUAACCCUGUGUUAGGGUUUUUGGGCAUUUUCUUGCCAUUUUCAAUAAUGUGGUUGUGAGAGGUGCAUAUGCCAGGAUGAUGUUUUUUGAAGAGCUCCUCCUGUUGGGAAGCUCUUUUUCACUUGCUGUAAAUUUCAACCUUUUGGAGUUUUACGAGUGAUCUAAUAAAUGCUUUAUCACUGUUAUCUUUGCUGUUA